AUGGCGGCCGCGACGCGCAGCUUCGGGCCGGAGCCAGAGGCCGAGCCGGCCAAGGAGGCGCGCGUCGUGGGCUCCGAGCUCGUGGACACGUACACGGUUUACAUCAUUCAGGUCACCGAUGGCAACCAUGAGUGGACAGUCAAGCACCGCUACAGCGACUUCCAUGACCUCCAUGAGAAGCUUGUUGCAGAAAAGAAGAUUGAUAAAAACCUGCUUCCACCCAAAAAGAUAAUUGGGAAAAACUCAAGAAGUUUGGUGGAAAAGAGGGAGAAGGAUUUGGAGGUCUACCUCCAGACACUCCUGGCCACCUUCCCCGGCGUGGCCCCCAGAGUGCUGGCUCACUUCUUGCAUUUUCAGUUCUAUGAGGUAAACGGCAUCACUGCCACACUGGCUGAGGAGCUCUUUGAAAAAGGAGAACAGCUCCUGGGGGCCGGCGAGGUCUUUGCCAUCAGGCCCCUGCAGCUCUAUGCGGUCACUGAGCAGCUGCAGCUGGGAAAGCCCACGUGUGCCAGUGGGGACGCCAAGACUGAUCUCGGGCACAUCCUGGACUUCACCUGUCGCCUUAAGUACCUUAAGGUUUCUGGCACAGAAGGACCUUUUGGGACCAGCAACAUUCGGGAGCAGCUCCUGCCUUUCGAUCUGUCAAUAUUCAAGUCUCUCCAUCAGGUGGAGAUAAGCCACUGUGAUGCCAAGCACAUCCGGGGACUGGUCGCCUCGAAGCCCACCUUAGGCACGAUGAGUGUGCGCUUCUCAGCAACCUCGAUGAAGGAAGUCCUCGUUCCCGAAGCCUCGGAAUUUGAUGAGUGGGAGCCAGAAGGCGCAGCCCUGGAAGGCCCUGUGACUGCCAUCAUCCCCACAUGGCAAGCACUGACCACUCUAGACCUGAGCCACAACAGCAUCUCCAAGAUUGAUGAGUCUGUGAAACUGAUUCCAAAGCUUGAAUUCCUGGACCUGAGUCACAAUGGAGUGCUAGUUGUGGACAACCUGCAGCACCUGUACAACCUCGUACACCUGGACCUGUCCUACAACAAGCUGUCCUCCUUGGAAGGGGUUCACACCAAACUGGGGAACAUCAAGACUCUGAACCUCGCUGGCAACCUGCUCGAGAGUCUGAGUGGCCUGCACAAGCUCUACUCCUUGGUCAACUUGGACCUCAGCAACAACAGAAUCGAACAGAUGGAGGAGGUCCGGAGCAUAGGCAGCCUCCCGUGUCUGGAGCACGUGGCUCUGCUGAACAACCCCCUGAGCAUCAUCCCCGACUACCGGACCAAGGUGCUGGCUCAGUUUGGAGAGAGGGCCUCUGAGGUCUGUCUGGACAACUCAGUGACCACAGAGAAGGAGCUGGACACGGUGGAAGUGCUGAAAGCAAUACAGAAAGCCAAGGAGGUCAAGUCCAAACUGGGCCAGCCUGAGAAGAAGGUUGGCGAGGAUUGCCAGCUCUCCACUGCCCCCUGCAUCAGACCCAGCAGCUCUUCUGCCGUGGCGCCCACCUCCGCCUCCCUGCCCCAGCCCAUCCUCUCCAACCAAGGAAUCAUGUUUGUGCAAGAGGAGGCCCUGGCCAGCAGCCUCUCAUCCACCGACAGUCUUACUCCCGAGGACCGGCCCAUUGCUCGGGGAUGCUCUGAUUCCUUGGAGUCCAUCCCUGCAGGACAGGCACCUCCUGAUGAUUUAAGGGACGUUCCUGGAGCUGUUGGCGGUGCAAGCUCACAGCACUCGGAGCCGGAGGUCCAGGUGGUGCCUGGGUCUGGCCAAAUCAUCUUCCUGCCCUUCACCUGCAUUGGCUACACAGCCACCAACCAGGACUUCAUCCAGCGCCUCAGCACACUCAUCCGGCAGGCCAUCGAGCGGCAGCUGCCUGCCUGGAUCGAGGCCGCCAACCAGCGGGAGGAGGGCCAGGACGAGGAGGACAACGACGAGGACGUGGCUGAGAACCGCUACUUUGAAAUGGGGCCUCCGGACGUGGAGGAAGAGGAGGAAGGAGGCCGGGGAGAGGAAGACGAGGAGGAGGAGGAGGAGGAGGAGGAUGGUGAGGAGGAGCGCCUGGCCCUGGAGUGGGCCCUGGGUGCAGACGAGGACUUCUUGCUGGAGCACAUCCGCAUCCUCAAGGUGCUCUGGUGCUUCCUGAUCCACGUGCAGGGCAGCAUCCGCCAGUUCGCCGCCUGCCUCGUGCUCACCGACUUCGGCAUCGCCGUCUUCGAGAUCCCGCACCAGGAGUCGCGGGGCAGCAGCCAGCACAUCCUCUCCUCCCUGCGCUUCGUCUUCUGCUUCCCGCACGGCGACCUCACCGAGUUCGGCUUCCUCAUGCCAGAGCUGUGUCUGGUGCUCAAGGUGCGGCACAGCGAGAACACACUCUUCAUCAUCUCGGACGCCGCCAACCUGCACGAGUUCCACGCCGACCUGCGCGCAUGCUUCGCCCCGCAGCACAUGGCCAUGCUGUGCAGCCCCGUGCUCUACGGCAGCCACACCAGCCUGCAGGAGUUCCUCCGCCAGCUGCUCACCUUCUACAAGGUGGCGGGCGGCUGCCAGGAGCGCAGCCAGGGCUGCUUCCCCGUCUACCUGGUGUACAGCGACAAGCGCAUGGUGCGGACGGCCGCCGGGGACUACUCGGGCAACAUCGAGUGGGCCAGCUGCACGCUCUGCUCCGCCGUGCGGCGCUCCUGCUGCGCGCCCUCCGAGGCCGUCAAGUCCGCCGCCAUCCCCUACUGGCUGCUGCUCACGCCCCAGCACCUCAACGUCAUCAAGGCUGACUUCAACCCCAUGCCCAACCGUGGGACCCACAACUGUCGCAACCGCAACAGCUUCAAGCUCAGCCGCGUGCCCCUCUCCACCGUGCUGCUGGACCCGACGCGCAGCUGCACCCAGCCCCGGGGCGCCUUUGCCGACGGCCACGUGCUGGAGCUGCUUGUGGGCUACCGCUUCGUCACCGCCAUCUUCGUGCUGCCCCACGAGAAGUUCCACUUCCUGCGCGUCUACAACCAGCUGCGGGCCUCGCUGCAGGACCUGAAGACCGUGGUCAUCGCCAAGACCCCUGCUCCGGGGGGCCAGGCCCAGCGGCCCCUGGUGGACGGCCGGCCUGCUGAGAACAGGGUCAGUGGUGACCAGAGUCCCCAGGAGGCCCCGGCAGAGGCACCAGCCCCAGAGGAGGCCCCAGCUCCGGCCCCAACGGACUCAGUGCCAGCUUUGGUUCCAGCGGAAGCCCCACCAGAGGCCUCAGCCCCGGAGGAGACCCCAGCUCCAGCCUCGGCGGAGGCCCCCGCCCAGUACCCAAGCGAGCACCUGAUCCAGUCCACCUCAGAGGAGAACCAGAUCCCCUCACACCUGCCCGCCUGCGCGUCGCUCCGGCACAUUGCCAGCCUGCGGGGCAGCGCCAUCGUCGAGUUCUUCCACAGCAGCGUUGCAGAGGUGGAGAACGAGGAGCUGAGGCACCUCAUGUGGUCCUCGGUGGUGUUCUACCAGACCCCGGGGCUGGAGGUGACCGCCUGCAUGCUGCUCUCCACCAAGGCCGUGUACUUCGUGCUGCACGACGGCCUCCGCCGCCACUUCUCCGAGCCACUGCAGGAUUUCUGGCAUCAGAAAAACACUGACUACAACAACAGUCCCUUCCACAUCUCCCAGUGCUUUGUUUUAAAACUCAGUGACCUACAGGCAGUCAACGUUGGGCUUUUUGACCAGUAUUUCCGGCUGACGGGCUCCUCCCCGGUGCAGGUGGUGACAUGCUUGACUCGGGACAGCUACCUGACACACUGCUUCCUCCAGCACCUCAUGGCCGUGCUCUCCUCGCUGGAACGCACGCCCUCGCCUGAGCCUGUGGACAAGGACUUCUACUCGGAGUUCGGGAACAAGACCACAGGGAAGAUGGAGAACUACGAGCUAGUCCACGCGAGCCGGGUCAAGUUCACCUACCCCAGUGAGGAGGAGGUCGGGGACCUGACGUUCACCGUGGCCCAGACGAUGGCGGACCCAGGGAAGGCACCGGCCCUCAGCAUCCUGCUGUAUGUGCAGGCCUUCCAGAGUCCACUGGGGUUCCAGCGGGGCAUUGGCCCAGAACAUGCCUGA